UUGAAAGAUGCAUGAGUGUUAUGCAAUCUGGGACUCAGAUGGUUAAACUGAAGAGUGGAACCAAGGGGCUAGUUCGUCUCUUCUACCUGGAUGAGCACAGGACCUGCAUUAGAUGGAGACCAUCCAGAAAAAGCGAAAAAGCAAAAAUUGUCAUUGAUUCCAUUUACAAAGUCACCGAAGGCCGGCAGUCUGAAAUCUUCCACCGCCAUGCAGAGGGGAACUUUGACCCGAGCUGUUGCUUUACCAUUUACCAUGGCAACCACAUGGAGUCACUGGAUCUGAUUACAUCUAACCCAGAGGAAGCUCGCACCUGGAUCACAGGACUGAAAUAUUUGAUGGCUGGAAUAAGUGAUGAGGACUCACUUGCUAAGCGACAGAGAACACACGAUCACUGGGUCAAACAAACCUUUGAGGAGGCUGACAAGAAUGGAGAUGGCCUGCUGAAUAUUGAAGAGAUUCACCAGCUGAUGCAUAAACUAAAUGUUAACCUGCCCCGCAGGAAGGUCCGGCAGAUGUUUCAGGAAGCAGACACAGAUGAGAACCAAGGAACCCUAAAUUUUGAAGAAUUUUCAGUGUUUUACAAGAUGAUGUCCUUACGUCGAGAUCUCUACUUGUUGCUCUUAAGUUACAGUGACAAAAAGGAUCAUCUUACUGUUGAAGAACUUGCUCAGUUUCUAAAGGUGGAACAAAAGAUGAAUAAUGUGACACCAGAAUAUUGUCUUGACAUCAUACAGAAGUUUGAAGUAUCAGAAGAAAGCAAGAAACAAAAUGUUCUUGGGAUUGAAGGUUUCACCAACUUCAUGCGCAGUCCUGCUUGUGAUAUAUUUAAUCCACUGCAUUGCGAAGUGCAUCAGGAUAUGGAUCAGCCCCUUUGUAACUACUUUAUUGCUUCAUCUCACAAUACAUACCUGACAGGAGACCAACUGCUGUCCCAGUCCAGGGUGGAGAUGUAUGCACGAGUGCUGCAAGAUGGUUGUCGAUGUAUUGAAGUGGAUUGCUGGGAUGGUCCAGAUGGAGAACCGGUAGUGCACCAUGGUUACACUCUUACUUCUAAAAUACUCUUCCGUGAUGUGGCAGAAACUAUCAAUAAAUAUGCCUUCAUCAAAAAUGAGUUUCCAGUGAUACUGUCUAUUGAAAACCAUUGCAGUAUUCAACAGCAAAAGAAGAUUGCUCAGUACAUGAAGGAGAUAUUUGGUGACAAACUGGACUUGUCAUCUGUAGUCGCUGAAGAUUCCACACAACUUCCUAGCCCUCAAAAUUUGAAAGGGAAAAUCCUAGUGAAGGGUAAAAAGUUGCCGUGCACUCUUGGAGCAGAUGCUGAUGAAGGAGAAGUUUCAGAUGAAGAUAGUGCUGAUGAAAUUGAAGAUGACUGCAAAUUAAAGCCUUGCUAUAGUAAUGGUGCAACUGAGCACCAGGUAGAAUCUUUUAUAAGAACAAAACUGGAAUCUCUAAUGAAAGAAUCCCAAAUCAGGGACAAAGAAGAUCCUGACAGCUUCACUGUGAGAGCCCUGCUAAAGGCAACUCACGAGGGUUUAAAUGUUAACCUGAAGCAGAACCUGGACAUAAAAGAAGGUGGAAAAAAGUCUCAUAGUCGAUCAUUAAUGGGCAACUUCGGUAAACACAAAAAAGCUGUAAAGGCAGCACCCAAAUACCAUAGUGCAUCGGAUGAUGAAGAAAGCCAGCAAACCCCCUGUGGGAAGGAAAUGGGGCAGCUGCACAGACUGGCUCAUCGAAGAAGAACAGUGAAGCUGUGCCGAGCUCUGUCUGACCUAGUUGUGUACACGAACUCUGUGGCUGCCCACGAUAUAGUAGAUGAUGGAUCAACAGGGAAUGUGCUAUCAUUCAGUGAAACAAGAGCCCACCAAGCAGUGCAGCAGAAAGCUGAACAGUUUAUGCUUUACAACCAGAAACAGCUUACAAGGGUGUAUCCAUCAGCCUAUCGAAUUGACUCCAGCAAUUUCAAUCCUUUACCCUACUGGAAUGUUGGUUGCCAGUUAGUGGCACUAAACUACCAGUCUGAGGGACGUGUGAUGCAGUUAAAUGAAGCAAAAUUUAGGGUAAACGGCAACUGUGGUUAUGUCCUGAAACCUCAGCAGAUGUGCAAAGGCACAUUCAACCCCUACUCUGCUGAUCCACUUCCUGCCAGUCCUAAAAAGCAGCUUAUUCUGAAAAUCAUCAGUGGACAGCAGCUACCUAAGCCCCCUGACUCCAUGUUAGGGGACAGAGGAGAGAUAAUAGAUCCUUUUGUUGAGGUGGAAAUUAUCGGGCUACCUGUUGACUGCUGUAAAGAUCAGACAAGGGUGGUUGAUGACAAUGGGUUUAAUCCUGUUUGGGAGGAAACACUCACUUUUACUGUCCACAUGCCUGAAAUAGCUUUGGUGCGAUUUCUUGUUUGGGACCAUGAUCCUAUAGGGCGAGACUUCGUUGGACAAAGAACUCUGGCCUUUACCAGUCUUGUGCCUGGUUAUCGUCAUGUGUAUUUAGAAGGACUGACAGAAGCAUCCAUAUUUGUUCAUGUAAUCAUUAAUGACAUCUAUGGAAAGUGGAGCCCUUUAAUCCUCAAUCCCAGUUACACAAUAUUGCACUUUCUAGGAGCCACAAAGAAUAAGCAACUGAUAGGACUCAGGGGUCUGUUUAACAAGAACCCAAAGCACAGUUCUGCUGAAACCAGCGGGCACUGUGUACGGAAGCGAUCUAUUGGUGAUAGAAUUCUCCGACGCACAGCCAGUGCACCAGCAAAAGGUAGAAAGAAAAGCAAGAUGGGUUUUCUGGAAGCUACUGAAAUUAAAGAUAGUGCAUCAGAACCAACAGACCUGAAAGACAAAGAAGGAGUUGUAAGGCGUACAAGCCGGAGCUUGCAAGCACGUCCUGCUUCUAUGCCUGUGGACAAAUACCUUCUUGUAGAACUGCCAUGCCCGGCAGAUGAAACUACUCAAGAUGCCAAAGGAAAAGAAAACACAUCUGCCAACAGUGAUGACAAUACAAAUAAGAAGGAAACAAACUUGAAAGAAUCUGGUUUUCUAUGUUCGGAGAAACCAGCAAAUACUUCAAAUUUGGCAUCUCAGUUUAAGAAGAAGAAUGACCAGGAGACUACAGUUGACUCUUUAGUAGCACCUCUGCAGGAGCAACCUGAAAAUUUAGUUUUUGCAAGUGAUGUAGCUGAAACAAACCACCUUAUAGACUAUCAGGAAAAGAAUCUUUCUGAUGAAACUGUCCCUCUAAUGCAGGACUCUGAUUUUAAAGUUGCCACAGAAAAAAUGCAUAACAAACACUGUGCAGACAAUAAAAAGGAAGACGACACAAAAGAGUCUAAGGAAGAGAAAAUAACUCUUGUAGGGACUUCCCUUUCUCAAGAAGUAGAGAUGGAAAGUCACAAAUAUGACAUCAUCAAGAAAAGCACUACAGCACCUCUCUCUUUGACAGAUAUUUCUUCUAUCAGUUGCCCUGAUGCUCCUGAUUUGCACUCUAGUCUAACCAUGCAAGACAGUGACCUUUCUCACCUUAUAGAUGAAGUUUCAUUAGUGAAUGAGAAUGAGAUGGAUAGCACUGUCUCAGCUCUGAUAGAGCAGUUUGAUGUCACAGAUGACGAAACUAACCUUACCAGUGUAUCAAGCCUCCAUGGCACUAGCAGCCAGGCUUUCAGUAUGACAGCUGCACACACAUGUAGGCUUACUGAGGAUCUUAACAGUCCAUGUAAGCACAACUUUACUAUCACAAAAGCCAUCAAAUCCCCUUUGUUCUCCACGCCAGAUACUACCCUGUUCUCCAGCCCUGAGACUGGAGAGUAUUCUGUGCACACAGUUGCCCAUGAGGCAACUCUUACACCAGCUUCUGAAUGUAAGACCCACCGUGGAUUACUUUGCAAGAAGAAAUUAAAUAGUAUAGAAAAUGACAUGCCUAGCUCUCCUUGUCCUUCAUCUCUCUCUUUGCUAAAUGCAAAUCCCAAAACAAUAUGUGGAACAAAAUCUGGAACAAGCUGGGAAGCCUGCAAGACUGCUAGUUCUUUUGUUUCCAAUAGCCUCAUCUUGGAGGAGACACUUGUUGACCCUCUCAGUGGUGAAAAUUCAGAAAGCAGCAGCCUUGUAGAAGUAGAUGGGGAUUCCCAAGAUCUGUUGGUAACUGCAUGUGAGUACAAAAGGGAGGAUAUGAGCCAGUUGGCUUCCCCUUUGAAACUGAGGCAAAAGCAGAAUGCUGGGCACAAUGGAGAGAGGCCCUCUGGGAACAGUGCAACUGUUGAGCUCUGUGGUGCUGCCCUGGACUGCUCAGAGAACUUCAGGACUGCAGGGUGUCGGCUCCCUUUUCCAGUAUGUGAAAAUGUUGGCUUCUUGUAUCAUCAUCGUUCAGAUAAACAGGAAAAUGUAAUGUGUAACUCCGAGAGAUCCCAGCUCAACAUACACUCACCACUGCUCAAAAACGCUUUGUCUUUCCCCCCUCAUUCAGCCAUGAAGCAGACUAGCCCUUGCAAAUCCAAGAGUCUCGGUGACUUGACAUCAGAGGAUAUUUCCUGUAAUUUUGAAAGUAAGUAUCAAUACAUAAGUAGGAGCUUUAUCUCAUCAGGCAUGAGAGACAAGAAACUUGCUGCUAUGAAGACUAUGAGACCACAUUCUACAGAUGCUCUGACGGAACAGCUGAGGAAGCUGGUGUCCCUGGACCAGGAGGACAGCUGUCAAAUGCUGUACUCCAGGCAGAUUGAUGAAGACUGCCCAAAAGCACUGGUCAGAAAACUCUCUUCCAGAAGCCAGAGCAGAGUGCGGAAUAUAGCCAGCCGUGCCAAGGAGAGACAGGAGGCUGCCAGCAAGCAAAAAUCUUCUAACACAAGUAGUGUAGCAGGGGUUGUCCUUCGGAACAAGCCCUCAGCAUCCCCUCAUGUUAUCAACAGGCAUUCAACAGGCUCAUACAUAGCCAGGUACCUGAAUGGCUUCCCUGGGGAGGAUGUGGGGGGCCGCGGAAUGCCGGGGGGGGCAUGCGCUGCUUUGCACUAUGGCUGUAGUGACCAGUUAUAUGCACAUGAUUCUGUUCUGCAGCUGGAACACAGUAAUGAUGAUAAGCCUGAAAUUUAU